GCCGAAAGGUCCGCUAUUUCAAAAAUAGAGCGAGAAAAGAGCAAUUUAUAUUUAAAAUACAUUUUUAUCACCUAAAUUUAGGAAAUUUUGAGUUGUGCUUAAAUUUAAUUCAAAUUAGUCAUGUCUAUUGCGUUAGCUUCUCCUAGAUAUGCUUUUGGUUUAAGAGUAGGCGUAUCUAAUAAUAUAGCAUAUAUCGACGAGCAUGUUAUAAUAUAUCCAGCAGGGUGUAACUGUAUUUUGUACAACAUUGAUCAAAGAACUCAGAGAUUUAUUGCGGGCACCGAGGGAAAUAUCGGAAUGACUGCAAUUGCUGUUAGUCCAAACAAAAGGUAUGUUGCUAUUGGUGAGAAAGGUGAAAAAGCUGUUGUAUCUAUAUAUGAUUUGCAUUCCUUAAAAAAGAAAAAAGUUCUUUCUUCUCCUGAUAACACAUCUAUUGAAUUUGUAUGUCUUGCUUUUUCACCUGAUUCAAAAAAUUUGAUUGUGCAAGGAGGUCGCCCUGAUUUAAUGUUACUUUAUUGGGCAUGGGAGAAGUCUAAACUAUUAGCUUCAUGUAAAGCAUCAAAUCAUCAAAGUGCAGUAGCCCAUCAGGUUACAUUUAAUCCAAAAGACAAUGAGCAAGUUUGUGUUAUUGGUCAUUGUGUAUUUAAAAUCUUUCGAUUUAUUGAGAAUAAUUUGAAACAAUUUGGUAAUCAAAAAUCAGAUGCCAGCUGUAAUUAUACUUGUCAAGCAUGGUUAAAUGAUGAACAACUUUUAAUUGGAACAGAUUCUGGAAAAGUUUUACUUUUUGAUAAUGGAGAUUUGAAGGGUGAAUUUAUUAUUUUAAAAAAUGAUAAUUCAUCCGUAACACAAACAGUUUCUAAGACUAAUAUUGGAAGUUUAGAAAGCAACACUUUAGAACCAGUAAAAAAAGGAACAGACUUAACUAUAAGCUGCAUAAUCACAUAUUCUAAAGGGUUUGUAUGUUCUGGUGGGUUGGGAGUUUAUGUAUUUGAAAGUUCUGAUGACAAAGAAAUAUUUAAGAAAACAAAAGAAAUUAAAAUACCUCUCAACCAAUCAAAUCAUGAAUUAAGUGAUGAUCUUAUAAGUUGUAUUGCAUUAAGUCCAUCUGAAGAAACUUUAUUGGCCAGUUCUUGCAAAAACCAGCUUUAUGCAAUUACUUUAUCUUCUGCAGAUUUGGGAAAGCAAGAUGAAGCAAUUGAAUUCGAGCUCUUAGCCCAGUCAUUUCACCAAGCACAAAUUACUGGAAUGGAUGUUUGUAUAAGAAAACCACUUAUUGCCACAUGUGGAAUGGAUAAAAGCAUAAGAAUCUGGAACUUUCAAAACAAUUCACUUGAAUUAUACAAAGAGUUUGAGGAUGAUGUAAUGAGUGUGGCUUUGCAUCCCACUGGUCUGUUUAUUUUAGCUGGCUUUAGUGAUAAGCUGAGAUGCAUGAACAUUUUGAUAGAUGAUAUCCGUACAGUGAAAGAGUUUAUGAUACGUGGAUGUAGAGAGUGUCUGUACAGCAAUGGUGGACAUUUGUUUGCUGCAGUUCAUGGAAAUGUUAUUCAAUUAUAUUCAUCACUAACAUUUGAAAAUGUAGGAAAUUUUAAAGGACACAGUGGAAAGAUACACUGCUUACGCUGGAGUUUAGAUGAUAGUAAAUUAGUAUCUUGUGGAACAGAUGGAGCAAUCUAUGAAUGGAAUACGUUACUCUUUAAAAGAGAAGGUGAAAAUGUUUUAAAAUCUUGCAGUUAUACAUGUCUGGCGAUGUCACCUGAUUCUCGUACAGUUUAUGCUGUUGGGUCUGAUCACACGAUAAAGGAAAUCUGUGAUGGACAGAUGCUACGAGAUGUGCCAGCAGGUAAAGAACUUCUAUCACAAGUAGUAUUAUCUCAUUCUGGAAAGAUGUUAUUUGCAGGCACUGUUAGUGGUGUUAUUCGUUCAUUUAAGUUUCCUUUAACAUUACCUGGUCAAUGGCAAGAUAAUGAAGUUCAUGCAGGAACUAUAUCAAAAAUGAAGGUAUCAUAUGAUGAUCAAUACCUGUUUACAGUUAGUGAGGAUGCGUGUUUAUUUAUCCAUAAAAUUGUUGACAAAGAUGGUGCUGGUAAACGUGAAAGUGAUGUUCCCUUUGCUGAAGAAGUUCUUAUUACCAGAUCAGAUUUAGAAGAAAAAAACACAACAAUGCAAGAGUUAAAAACAAGAGUUGAAGAGCUUAAAAUGGAAAAUGAAUACCAACUUCGUCUUAAAGACAUGAACUAUAAUGAAACAAUCAAACAGUUGACUGAGAAGUUUCUUCAGGAAAUUGAGUUGUUAAAAACAAAAAAUCAGAUACUUAAAACUGACCGGGAAAAAGAAGUUGAAAAACAGCAAGAAGAACUUGCUGAUCUACUUGCUCAUCAUAACAAACAACUCGAAGACAUUGACACAGUUAAUAACAAGAAGUUGAUGACUGAAUAUGAGAAAUACCAACAGUUGCAGAUUAAAAACCAACGCAAUCAAGAAGAGUUUGAAAAACUUCGACAACAGAUGGAAGAAUCGAGGGAAAAAGCACUCCAAGAAUUGACAGAGUUUUAUGAAAAAAAAUUACAAGAAAAAAAUUCACAUUUGGAUAAUCUAAAUGAAGAACUAGCUCAAAAUCUUCUUGAGUAUGAGGAAACAAAAAAACAGAUUGAAGAAGAUGCUGAUUGUGAAAUUCUAGAUAUUAAUAACAAAUAUGAAAAAAGACUAAGAGAUGAAAAAGAUGCUAAUCUAAGAUUAAAAGGAGAAACAGGUCUUAUGAAAAGAAAGUUCACAAGCCAACAAAAAGAGAUUGAAGAGCUUAAAUCAGAAAUCCAAAGGUUGCAUGGUGAAGAAGGAAAACUGCAAUCAACUAUUGAGUCUUUAGAAAAAGAUAUUUAUGGACUCAAAAAAGAAAUACAAGAAAGAGAAGAAACCAUUCAAGAUAAAGAAAAAAGAAUAUAUGACUUGAAGAAAAAGAAUCAAGAACUUGAAAAAUUUAAAUUUGUUCUUGAUUAUAAAAUUAAAGAGCUCAAAAAACAAAUUGAACCAAGGGAGAAUGAAGUUAAGGCUCUGAAGGAACAGAUACAUCAGAUGGAAAAUGAGCUGGAGAGAUUCCAAAAGCAAAAUACUGGGCUUGAAAUUAAUUUGGCUGAAUUACGACUUAAAAUCAAAGUUACUGAUAAUAAUCUUUAUCAAGAACGUCGCAUGGUUCAGGACUCGCAAGGUGUCAUAAAACGUUUUAAAUCUGAUUUGUAUAACUUAUCAGCUUUUCUCCAAGAUCCCAAAAAAUUUAAAGAAGGUUUUAACGACUUAUAUGAAAAGUAUAUUGGAAAUGAAAACCCUGAAAACACCAAUAUAGACAUAGAUAUUCACAAAGAAUACGCACGUCAACGAGAACAUUUGGAAAAAAGUAUUGCUUCUUUGCGCAAAAAACUUACAAAAGAUUCAGAGAUUCAUAGAGCUGAAAAUAUUCGAAUAAUACAAGAAAACUCGACUCUUAUCAAUGAAAUCAAUGAUCUGCGACGAAAUUUAAUAGUCGCAAAAAGAGAAAUACAGGGACUAGAAGCGGCCAUGAAAAUGCUCCGAAAACAUCAAAACUUACCCACAACUCCUGUUAAUACAAACGAUGAGCAUAUAAAGCUUGUAGAGCUUCAAAAACAAGAGAUUUGUAGAUUACGGUCUCAGAUUGCUGAUCUCGAAGCAAAAGUUAUUGAAAGAUCAAAUUCUUCAAACCGCUUACCGCCACUUCAUCAGUUAUCUAUAUAAUUUUGAAAUUAUAUUGAAAUUUUUUUUAAUUGAGCAUGUUAAUAUA